AUGGGAUUCGAAGCGCAAGAGCUUCCCGAUGGUUCUCCGAGUCUAAUUAAAGAUUCGGCUGGUUCAAGAUGGACUCCUUUAUUUCGGAAGACCUGUGAGUUCGAGUCGCAAAUCUUUUUCAAAGUCAUGAUGAAUUUGAUUCGCAAUCCGAAUAUCAAUUCCAGUUGGCUAUUCCGGGCCGAUAUCUUAGUUGAGAAGGAUCUAAGUCAACAAGAUGUGACUACUGACUCCGCGGUCACACGGCCGACUAUUCUCUACUUCGAAGACAUGCACCUUGAUAAAGCUCUAGUGCGGAAGCUUAUUCCAAGAAAUACUCUAAGAGAUCAGCCUCUAGAUCAAACAUGCCUAAUUUACCAUGGUAGCGGGCCGGGGAAUGUAGAAAGGUCUAUGGUUAUUUACAAACCCCACGUCUCAUCUCCUGAUGACAUGCCAUUCUAUCAUCCAAAAGUGCAAGGCAUAGCAUUUCUCCACGAAUGGAGCGCUGAUGACGAGGGCUCUGUGUCUAUCCAUUACCAUUUCUUUGACGAUGAGGACCGUUCACCAAAGUUGGUGGGCACGGCUCUUAACCUGUUAUCAGUGCUCCAUAAGCAUGGCGAAGGAACUAAAAAGGGGUAUACUAAGCGAGUUCAUCACGACACCAUCAUUCCCCAGAUUUCUGUUCAGAAUACGUAUACUAGGCUAAAACAAAAAUAUGCCCGUCAGCUUAUUCAAACCUGGGUCGAAGUCACAGACCCAUCCAAGCACGUGUUUGAAGACCUGAGCAUUGCAGCAUUUCUUAUGGAACUGUGGGCUCAGAUGUAUAAGGAUUCCCCGUUCCCUGGAUUUGUUGAUAUCGGCUGUGGCAAUGGUCUUCUCGUAUACAUCCUACGAAAGGAAGGAUACUCAGGAUGGGGGUUUGACGCCCGAAAACGCAAGUCAUGGGAACAGUAUUCUGAUACGAUUAGUGACGAGCCUGAGCAUCAAGAGAGCCUCAGGCAGCACGUCCUGCUUCCCUCUGUGAUUGACCAUGAUCCAAGUACGAGGUACGGGAAUGGUGAGGUCAUCUACGAUGUAGAUAGUACUAAUCUUAUACACGAUGGUUUAUUUCCUGAAGGAACUUUUAUCAUAUCAAAUCAUGCGGAUGAGUUGACACCGUGGACGCCGAUACUUGCCACUAUAUCAAACUGUCCAUUUAUCAUGAUACCAUGUUGCAGUCAUGAUCUUACCGGCGCAAGAUUUCGGGCUCCCGCUCCGAAAGCGCAAAACAAAUCACCGUCAGCAUAUUCGUCACUUGUUGAAUGGAUAAAAAAUAUAGAGAAGGACUGCGGUUGGGAAGUAGAAACUGAGAUGCUGAGAAUACCAAGUACAAGAAAUACUGGCUUGAUCGGCAGAAAAAAGAGCUCGUCCUCGGCGGUAGAUAUCCAGGAGGUUAUAGCUAAAUAUGGCGGUACAGAAGGAUACGCAGAUAACGUGAUGAAGCUGAUACAGAGCAAUCCUAGAGGACACUAA